CCUCCCGAGAGUGUUCCAAAAAUGGCCGACAGUGGACUGACUUGCAAUAAAAACUUGGGUAUUACUCAGCCAAACACACACUGGUGCCAGUGAGUUUCAGGCCUUGUUGACGUUCAGUUUGAUCCUUUCUUCGCUCUCACGAUCCCAGUCACGAUGCCGACUAUUAAACUGCAGAGCUCUGAUGGAGAGAUGUUUGAGGUGGAUGUUGAAAUCGCCAAGCAGUCUGUCACUAUAAAAACCAUGCUUGAAGAUUUGGGGAUGGAUGAUGAAGGCGAUGAUGACCCAGUCCCUCUGCCCAAUGUUAAUGCAGCUAUCCUGAAGAAGGUUAUUCAGUGGUGCACCCACCAUAAAGAUGACCCUCCUCCCCCAGAAGACGAUGAGAAUAAAGAGAAAAGAACAGAUGACAUCCCUGUGUGGGACCAGGAGUUCCUUAAAGUAGACCAGGGCACCCUCUUCGAACUCAUUCUGGCGGCAAAUUAUUUGGACAUCAAAGGUUUGCUAGAUGUUACUUGCAAGACAGUUGCGAACAUGAUCAAAGGCAAAACCCCAGAAGAGAUCAGAAAGACUUUCAAUAUCAAGAAUGAUUUUACAGAGGAAGAGGAAGCCCAGGUACGCAAGGAGAACCAGUGGUGUGAAGAGAAGUGAAGAAUAUCCUGAUACACUUUAACACUACCGAUUGUUCCAGAAAACAAAAAUGAUUGAAAGAAAUUGCACUGCGCUGUUCAUAUUUGUUCAGAUUCAACACAAAUAAACAGUCAAAUCCCUUGUGUUUUGCUAGCAUGACAAUUUUCAUUGCUUUGUGUGGUCCAAAAGAUUUUCCCCCUAUUUUUCCAUCAUUUACUUCUUCACUGGAAUGAGUAGUCUUCACCCUUAUUCAUGUAGAAAACAUGCACUCCCUUUCAUGGCUGCUGUACACAACUUUCUUUUUUUCUUUUUUUACAGAACUUUGUCAGAAGAGUAAUCAGAAUCCUUUGUUUUUUUUUGAGAAACAAACAUAGCUUGAGGGGAUUUUAUAAACCUAGUCUUAUUUGUGCUGAUAAAAUUUAACCAUAGGAAAUCUGAAGGUUGAAAUGUUGAAACAUGUCUUGUAAACUGGAAGUACUUGUUAAAGUAAAUGUGUAUUCUUUCACUUAAUUUACUCUGCUCAUUGUAUAGAACUGGGCGUCUUUUACAGUUCUGCUCGUAAAAGUGGCUAUUAGGAUUAUCAAUCUUUUAUUUUCGAAGAAUAAAACUUAUUGUGGGA